CUCAGUCGCUGGAGCCAGUGCUGCUCUAAGUAGGAAGCUCGCGUGCUGCAACCCGCAGCUGAUCUGGGCGCUCAGCGGACUGCGAGACCUAGGAGCCGGAGCCGAUAGAGCGUCGCGUAGCGCUGGUUGGAGCGUCUGUGGGGGAGCUGCUGUGCUCUCUAUCCCAGCAUGCUGUGGUCGGAUCUGCCCAGCCCUGGACUAGAGACCUUUGCUGGAUGGAAAAUCCAUAAACGAAAGCCCCUGUGAAAAGCUGACUAGGACGCCGACUCAAGUGCUCCCAGGUUGGUGUUAGAGAGCUAGCCAUCUCACUGUUUCCAGAGUCCUUGGGAGUUCCGGAGUCUCCUGGUAACGUGCUGACUGUCGCUAUGGGCAGAAGGUACCUACAGGCUUGCCGGUGUCCAAGCAGCUCAUAUUGCAGAUUAUAACCCAUUUCCUGCACCAUUGCUGACGCCCAGAGAUCCAUGUCAGAAGUACUUCCAGCUGACUCAGGUGUUAACACCUUGGCAGUGUUUAUGGCCAGCAGUGGAACCACUGACGUUGCAAACCGGAACAGCCCAGCCACACCACCAAAUACCCUUAACCUCCGGUCCUCCCACAAUGAACUGUUAAAUGCUGAAAUCAAGCACUCAGAUGCCAAGAACAGCACCCCCCCCAAAUGCAGGAAGAAGUAUGCACUGACUAACAUCCAGGCGGCUAUGGGGCUCUCCGAUCCAGCUGCACAGCCUCUGCUGGGAAACGGCUCCGCCAACAUCAAGCUGGUGAAAAAUGGGGAGAACCAGCUCCGCAAGGCUGCAGAACAGGGGCAGCAGGACCCCAACAAAAACAUCAGCCCCACAGCGGUCAUCAACAUAACUUCUGAGAAACUGGAGGUGAAAGAUCUCCACCCUCCGGAGUCCUCGGGCUGUGAGAUUUUGCCCUCCCAGCCUAGGAGAACUAAGAGCUUCCUCAAUUACUAUGCAGACCUGGAGACCUCGACCAGAGACCUAGGGCAGAAUCUGGGCCCCUGCCAAGGGCUUGGGGAGGAGAAAGCCCAGCCAGGCCCAGGCCAGGCCCCUGUAGUCAUUGGGAAUGGUGACCCGCUGCUGCAGAAACCGAACAGACCCCAGUCUAGCCCAGAGGAUGGCCAAGUAGCUACAGUGUCAUCCAGCCCAGAGACCAAGAAGGACCACCCUAAAACAGGGGCCAAAACUGACUGUGCGCUCCACCGGAUCCAGAACCUGGCGCCAAGUGACGAGGAAUCCAGCUGGACCACCCUGUCCCAAGACAGUGCCUCGCCCAGCUCCCCAGAUGACACAGCAGAUAUCUGGAGCGAUCACUCAUUUCAGACGGAUCCAGAUUUACCGCCGGGCUGGAAAAGAAUCAGUGACAUUGCUGGGACCUACUACUGGCACAUCCCAACAGGAACGACUCAGUGGGAACGGCCUGUCUCCAUCCCAGUGGACAUCCAGGGUUCUAGGAAAGGCUCUCUUAGCUCUGUGACGUCAUCUCCCACCCCAGAGAAUGAGAAACAGCCAUGGAGUGACUUUGCUGUUCUGAAUGGGGGAAAGAUUAAUAGUGACAUUUGGAAGGAUUUGCACGCAGCCACAGUUAACCCAGACCCCAGUUUAAAAGAGUUUGAGGGAGCAACACUGCGCUAUGCCUCCUUGAAACUGAGAAAUGUCCCUCACGCUGAUGAUGAUGAUUCUUGUAGUGUCAACAGUGACCCAGAAGCCAAGUGUUUUGCUGUGCGCUCUCUGGGCUGGGUAGAGAUGGCAGAGGAGGACCUUGCCCCCGGGAAGAGCAGUGUCGCUGUCAACAACUGCAUCCGGCAGCUUUCCUACUGCAAAAACGACAUCCGAGACACAGUUGGCAUCUGGGGAGAGGGCAAAGACAUGUAUCUGAUUUUGGAAAACGACAUGCUCAGCCUCGUGGACCCCAUGGACCGCUCCGUGCUACACUCGCAGCCCAUCGUGAGCAUCCGUGUGUGGGGAGUGGGCCGAGACAAUGGCCGAGAGAGGGAUUUUGCUUAUGUAGCAAGAGACAAAGACACGAGGAUUCUGAAGUGUCAUGUGUUUCGAUGUGACACACCAGCAAAAGCCAUCGCCACAAGUCUCCACGAAAUCUGUUCUAAGAUUAUGGCUGAACGGAAGAAUGCCAAAGCCCUGGCCUGCAGCUCUUUACAGGAAAGGAACAAUGUGAGUCUCGACGUCCCGUUGCAAGUAGAUUUUCCAACACCAAAGACAGAACUGGUGCAGAAGUUCCACGUGCAGUACCUGGGCAUGUUACCCGUGGACAGACCUGUUGGCAUGGACACCCUGAACAGUGCCAUAGAAAGUCUGAUGACCUCAUCCAGCAAGGAGGAUUGGCCUUCGGUGAACAUGAACGUGGCCGAUGCCACAGUCACCGUCAUCAGUGAGAAGCUGUCUGACUUCCCAGAGAACACGGGUGCUGAACCAUGUCUCUUACAGAGCGAAGAGGAAAUCUUGGUGGAGUGUCGAGUGCGGUUUCUGUCCUUCAUGGGUGUCGGGAAGGAUGUCCACACAUUUGCCUUCAUCAUGGACACUGGGAACCAGCGCUUUGAGUGCCACGUGUUUUGGUGUGAGCCGAAUGCCGCCAACGUGUCAGAAGCCGUCCAGGCUGCCUGCAUGUUGCGAUAUCAGAAGUGCUUGGUAGCCAGGCCACCUUCACAGAAAGUCCGACCUCCACCCCCGCCAGCGGACUCAGUGACCAGAAGAGUCACAACUAACGUAAAACGAGGGGUCUUAUCGCUCAUUGACACAUUGAAACAGAAACGCCCCGUCCCAGAAACGCCCUAGCAGCUCUGGGCUCCAGGAUUCUGUCACUUUUACCUGAAGAGCAAACGUCUACACUAAAGAAGCCGACAGCUGGCCUUCCAUUCAGUUGCUGAUGCUUUGUCUCCAGAGAAUUCAUCCUUAACCAAACAGUGUUAAGACAAGCAUGUGACCACGUCUUGCCACCACCAUGUGCUAUGAAAAGAAGCAUGAGUUGUUUUCGUUUUCUGUUCCCGUAAGUUCCAUCAUGAGCAGUGGAAGGUCUUUUACUGUAAAUAUUGUGAGCAGGACUUCACACACUCUCCGAAGAAUGUGGCCGCACCCUUCCUAGAGAACUAAUGCUGCAUUCUUGGAGUGAAUGAUUCCCAGGUUCAUUUUCUGUCCUCUUGGUUGGAUCUGUCGCAAGCAACCUUGGGGUCCCUUGGCACUUUGCCUUGCUUUCAGCUUUUAAAACAUUCAGACCCCGAGGGACAGAUACCGUUGAAUUCCUGUAAAAAGAACAUUUGGGUUUUAGUUUUUCAUAAAAGUGAACCUGUCAGUUGACAAAAACUGGCUGUUGGCAUCAGUGCAGACAACUAACCAGCCACUUUCCUCAGCGAGCUCUCUGAUGCAUGGACACCCCUUCAUGUCUUUGGGGUGCUGGGAAAAGGAAAACUUUAAAAUUGAUAGAAAACUAAAUUUGAGGAAUUAAAAAUCAAGCAAAAAAAAUAGCCUUUCUUUUCAGAUGGUUUUCAAGCUGGUUAUUUAAAAAGAGAGAGAGAGAGAUUAGCAGAUUCAUAAUACAUUUGGGAUGGGACAUAUUUCAAACUUCUGCCUUACAUUGUACAAUGCAGCUAGGGAAUUGAAGUAUGCUAUGGCCAUUCUCCACCCACACCCAAAAGUGAAAUAUUCCGACACUUUCCAUCCUUAGUUUGACAAGCUAAUAUGCAAUUUAGAGUUGAGGAAAUGUCAUUUUUAUCUCCGUCACACACUAUGAUUUUAGCUCUCACUGUGUGAUUCUUGUUAGUUCACAUCCUGGAGGUAAUGUCCUCCUAGGAGUCCCUAUCUGCCCCAAGCUUUCGCUAUGCUUUUUGUCCAGAGAGCUGUCUAGCCAUCAUACAGUGUCCAUGGCAACAAAUUUAAGUUGUACUUUUCUUGAACUUAUGUAUUUAAUGUUAGAAAUUUGGUAAGACUUGACUAGAUAUGUUUUAAACUUCUAUUUUUCCAUUUUACUUUCAAAAGAUUUAAUUUUUUCUUAUCUGAGCACAAUAUACACAGAAAUAAUAGAUUGUUUGAUAGCGUUCCCCAAAUAUCAUUUUCUUGUCUCUUUUUAUGUAGCUAAGAAACCUAACUAUAAAGAUACACAAAUUUAGACUCUUGUUGACAUUAUUUUAAAAGGAGGUUGCAAAGAUCAAUCUUAUGUUACUCUUGUUUACUUUUAAUAUCAAAAUUAAUAUCAUUAUAAAAGUAAUGCUUUGUGUUUAUGCGCUGCUCUGCAGAUGUCCACAGUUUUAUCCCAGUCGAGCCUUACAAGGUAGAAAAGGUACCAAACUCACUGAAGAAAUCAAAUACACACGGUUUUGUACCAAGAGGCUAAGUGGCCAAGGAUCUCACCCAAGUUCCUGAGAGCCAGAACCAGGACCAUGUCUCCCAGCUUUUGCCACCUUAUGCCUCUUCCACACAGUCAGGAAGACCCUUCACAGAUGACUCUAGGUCCAUACACAGAACAGAUAAUGAAAAUACUAUCAGGCAAUUUCAGAAUCCCCAAGUGUGUUAAGGAAAAUGUCCAGUUAAUCUACACAGUGGCAUUUAUUGUUAAGACCAUUGUCCUUUCUCGGUCCCGGACUGUUGUCCCUCAAACAUGUUGUAGAGGACAAAUGUCUGUCCUCUGCAGCCUUCCUAAGCUGAGAUUUUCUAGAUAUUACAUCACUUGUGUAGAAACCUUCCCGACUAUGGCACUUAGCAGCCACAGACUGCGUUGAAGUGAGCAUGUUCCACCUGUGGGUCCCUCAGAAAACCCAUGGCAUCAGAUGCAGAGAACCUGGACUGUUCUCUGGCAUCCACACACUACAAUAAAAGUGAUGUUCCUUGAGAAAAAGAUGCAUUAAUACUUGGUGCCAACUUGCAUACUAGCUGAAGUAACUAGUGCCAUCUGAGAGAUUUCUGAGUUAAGAAAACCUUAUUGUGCCCAGAGAAAAACUGUCCAGAAUCCAGUUACGGUCACUCAUUUUGAGCCCCAUGGUGAAAUGUUUUAAUGCACUCCACUUCAAAACUCUAAAGUAAUCCCUGUUUCUAUAGGACGUCUCCAUCCAAACUCUGUUCGUCUUUACGACCUACAUUUGUUUGUUUUCGGGAUCAAGAAUACUGAGCUAGCUUUAAGUAGCAAACUGAUUUAUAUAUGCAAUUUUAGGACUCAGUAAGAGGAACGAUAGCCUUUACACAGGGAAAAAAAAACUCUUACUGCGGCUGUUUUGUUUUGAAAAUAGCUUUGCCUACUAAAUGCAGGUUGAUUUUUGUAAAAUGAAUUAUGUUAAACAGUGUUUUCAGACAACUUUCUGCCAUGGCCAAAAAGUAUGUAUGAAAGUAUGUUUGCAUUUGUUUGUGAAAGGAUGCCAGUGUUUCACCUGAGAUCUUAGUGACUUCGGUUAUCUAUGCAUUCUUUAGAUCCGGGAUUCGGGAACAGGCAGCCGUGUUCACUAAGCCUUGUGUGUCUUAGCAUUUUUUUAAUUAACUUGUUAAAUACAGCUUAAAAUAUUUUUAUUUUAUUUAUUCUAUUUUUACUGAAAUAUGGCGCAUUAUUGUGUUAAUGUAUUCUCUUUCCCGGGUAUAAUGUCAGUUACCUGGGUCUAAUUAAUCUCAGUGAACUACAUCGCCUACAAGGUGGUUUUGUAAUGAUUUGUAGUCACAUUUUUAUUGGAAUAUGUAGAAACAAGGGCAGAAUGCUUAAAGGUUCCUUUUAUUUUUUAAAAGCAACUAGGUAGGAGUGCUCUGCCCACCUUCCCUGUGCUCCGGGGCAGCAUCACCGUGGUAGCCAACAUGCCUAUGGCUAAGACCAUGUCUUCGUAGAUAGACUAAGGCACUGUGCGGUGCUUUGUUUUUAUAUCCUUCACAACUUGCGUGACGUCAUCAAAGAGCUACACAUCCAUCCACUUGCCCUUCGUUUCCACCUGGAUUCAGGAUCACCCAUGGCUAAUUGGAACCAUUGUUUCAUUUGUUUGUCUGUCUGUCUCACUGCAUGAAGGGACAUUAGACCCAUUUCCAUUAAAACAAAUUCUUGGUGAUAUAACUGUUGGCACUGCUAUUUUUUUUUAAUACACAUUAGACAUUUAAGAAGGACACAGAACAAACCACUCAGAACAGGACCACUUACGUGUAGCCCCAAAGCUUCCCUUACUCUAGGGCACACUCCCUGUACGAGCAUUGCAACGCAAGAUUUCACAAACCAUGUGGGGAAAUGUCUCCCUAACAUUAGCACAAUUUAAUCAAGCCAAAAGCUCUCAAGUUGGCCGGGUUUAACCUCACCUCCUCACAUCCGACAUGCUCACAGCCAGUAAGAAAGCAAUUGAACUUGUUUCAGCAUACUGGGGGUGUGGCUCAGUGGUAGAGCGCUUGCGUAAGAUGUACAGGGCUCUGAGUUUAAGCCUUGGAACCAUGAGGGGGGAGGGGGGGUUGCACUUCAAGGCAAAGAUCUUUGCUUGCACCAACUGUGAGAGUAUUGCCAGGCAGCCGUAUCAGCCGCUUCCUCCUAAAAGGACGUCUUGUUUUCUUUUUGAUGCCUUUUUCUGUUGACCACGUUUGCACAUUUAAAUGUAAAAUGUUGUGAGAAUAAAUGUAGCUGCGUACGAGGUUUGACUCGUUUCUCUGCCAGCACGGCCACUUAUAUAAGAAACAGAUGCAAACCUAGUGUCUCUACAGUCGUUAUUUUAUUUUUGUAUUAUUCUUACUUCAAAUUAAACUUUUUAAAAAUCAUUUUAGUAAUGUAAGAUUCUGCUUUCAUUAGUGUUUGCCUUUCCUACCUGGUGAGAAUGAGCUGGUGACUGUAAGGGCUUGCUCUUCCCUUACUCUUUGGUCAGUAAAGAGCUGGCGUUCCGAACACAGAAGCCCAUCCAGUCAUCAAUGGGAAUUUUUUGUAAGCAGUCUCAUAGGGUUAAGGUAUCUCAGCACGCACACAAGGUCUGCCUUUCGUUCUUGUAAGAAUCAAGAAUGGAAGUGGGCAGUGCAUUGAAUCCAAAAUGAAAGGGGGUAACCAGAGAGUCAGUUGGAUCUGGUUUUAACUCCCUGAUACACAGAAGACGAGUAAUUAAAAGUGUAUGCCCAAGUCGUUCAUUUGCUGUGUCGUGUUGUUUUGUCUUUGAGAUCAAUCUGGCAGUAAGCCAGACUGGCCUUGAAUUCAUGCUGAUCCUCCUGCCCCAGCCUCCUGCGUACUGGGAUUGCAGAUGUGUACAGAUGUGUGCCACCACAUUCCACCCUCCCUUGUGCUGCUAAAGACAGUAACUCUCAAGGAACGGCAUUUCAUCUUGCUUCCAGGGGUUUUACACUGGUAAUAGUUUUGGGUAAAAAUCUGAACUUGUUUAGACUCUGGGCUCAAUCCCCAGCUUCACAAAGUAAAUAAAUG